AUGCUUCAGGUAUCGAAUUCUGGAACUCUCGAUUCAAAAGGCUAUGCGAUCAUGAGUGACAAAAACGACUGUAAUCUUGCUGAAGGAGGGGAUAGCAGCUGUGAGAUGGGGAACCCCCGAGCGAACCGACGUUGUCAGAUCACAGGUUUACCUGACGGCUUCGAUAAAACAGGAAUACACGGCGAGCCGACACUGUUCGUAGCAAAUUUUCUGCCACUUGAACAACAACCUGAUCUGGCGGUAUGUGAGUAUCGUGUAGAAUUUGAUCCGCCUGUCGAAUCUAAGGCUGUUCGUCAUCGGCUAAUGGAGCAACGCCACAUACAGGAGGAUCUUGACAGUGCAUUUGUCUUUAAUGGUACAGCACUGUACGCAGCCAGUAGCACGAAGCUCGAGGGGAUGUACAUGGCUCGUCUUCCGAACACUAGUGAGGAAAUCAACAUUCGCCUUCAUUCAUCAACUCGACUCAGACAGAAUCAUCCACAGGCAAUCGUUUGCUAUAACAUCGUCAUGAAAAGCUGCAUGGAUAUGAUCGGAUUGAAACGAGUGGGUAAAAGCCACCAUGAUGACCAGGAGAAGAUAGAACUCAGAGAAUGCCAUAUCGAACUCUGGCCCGGAUUCGAAACUGCAAUAAAGCAGUGUGAAAAUCGCCUUAUGUUGUGCAUUGAAAAUCGCUUCAGGGUUAUUCGUACGCAAUCCGUGUGGGACGUAAUGAGUUACGAAUACGAGCGUGUGAGACGAAAUCCUAAAAGGUUUCAUGCCAAAAUGGAUGAAAUGCUUGUUGGAGCGACCGUUUGCACGCGCUACAAUAAUAAGAUGUACAGAGUUACGUCUAUCAACUAUGGGAUGUCACCAGUAUCCACUUUCACACUUCCGGAUGGUUCAAUCACCACCCUCAAAGAAUAUUUCGAGAAGAAUUACAACUUGACAGUUACGCAGUCGGAACAGCCAGUUAUUAUUUGCGAGUGGAGGACGAAACAGGCGGAUAGUUUGCCAUGCGUCGUGUAUCUGCUUCCGGAGCUAUGUUUCCCUACUGGCCUUACUGAUACUAUGAGACAAAAUUUCCGUUUUAUGAAGGAAUUUUCACACCACACCGUUAUGGAUCCAGAAAAGCGACGCAAGAAAACUGAGAACCUCUUGAGGAGAAUUCGUAACAACGAUAAAUGCCGGAUAUUGCUGCUGAAGUGGGGCAUUGAAUUAACGGAACGGCUUGUCAGUUUCCAUUCGUGGGAAUUAGAGGCGGAAAAGUUCAUAGGAAUUCAUCCGCAAGGGUACUUUGGCAAAAGGGCUGAUAUGGGGAGGGUUAUGCACUAUAAUGGAUGCUUCCGAGGAAUGCAUCUCGAAAACUGGGUGGUAGUCUUCUGUAAUACGGCCAUGGCUCAAGAUAUGGCUUGCCAAUUUAUCGAAACAGUAAAGGAUUUCGGGAAGUCCAUGCACAUUGCAGUAAAUCAUCCAUUGCUUCAAACUUGUAGCGACACAACAACGAGCUCGUAUCAUAGUGCUGUUGUUGAGGCAAUGGAGAGAAUGGCUACGUUGCGUGGGCGUCAAGAACGUGGCCGCAACAGGAAUUUUAUUUCAAUCGUGCGUAAGAUAGUGUUGCAGAUGAACUGUAAGAUGGGUGGUGCCCCGUGGAAAAUGAAUAUUCCAGUCAAGAACGCAUUGUUUGUCGGAUACUACCACUACUGCGACCCAAUACUUCAUGGACAAACUGGUGCAUGCGUGUCGACAACGGAUCAGGACUACACAAAGUUUUAUUGGGCACUAUACCAAUACUUUAUCAAUAACGACCGAACUCUUCCUGAGAAGAUUUUUUUAUAUUGUGAUGGCGUAGAUGAAGAACAAAUUGGUUCUUUUAAAGAGCAGGGGGUUAGCUUGGUGCAACAAGCUUGCAGAGAAGCGAUUACGAGCUCUGGAUUGAAGCCCACUUGUCAUCGAAUGAAAUUAGCUGUUAUCAUUGUAACGAAAAAUAUCAACGUAAGGAUUUUCAAAUGCGGAGCAGAUUCUACGUUUACAAACCCCAGUCCUGGCACCGUUGUUAACUCAACCAUUACUCGUGCCGAAAAAAAUGAAUUCUACUUGGUGCCGAGCCACGUUGGCCUGGGAACAGCGAAACCAGUUUGCUAUACCGUAAUCUACGACGAUACUGGACUUUCGCCAGAUGACCAUCACAGGCUUGCCUUCAAGCUUUGUCAUCUAUACUAUAAUUGGCAAGGUACCGUGAGAGUACCGGCACUGUGCCAAUACGCUUUUAAGCUGGCAUCUAUGAUGGCUCAGUCAGUCCACGGGGAAGUCAACAAGGAACUACGUGACAAACUUUUUUUCUUGUGA